AAAUAGUACAAACACCAGGCGUGCUAGACAAACCCUUGCUGGAUUCCGAAACGGAGAAUGUCGACGCCUUCCAACCAAUUCAACUCCUUCAUCGAUCGGGAACUCAACCUCCCCCCACCGGGAGCGAUCGACCACAUCGAAAACGAUAAUGAUGAUGACGACGACAGCGAUCGCUACGAGUUGUGGACGUUUCGGGUUCCCUCGGAAAUGAAGGUAUCGGAUCUGAACGGCGUCGAAAUCGAUCUCGAGGCGAUCGCAAGCAACAAGCAGGGCGGCGGGAUGAAAAUCAACGACGGGAAAUUCACGAUCCACAUGGGGGAGACAGUCGAGAACAAAAACCUCCGGGUGCUUGUUCCCAACGAGCAAGACGACGACGAAGACGACGACGACGAUAGCAGCAGCAGCAGCAACAGCGACAGCGACGAAAGUGGCGGUGCAAAGAAGAGCGACACGAAGGACAACAAGUUCUUCCUGCACCCCUCCUCCCGGGCCUUUUCCCGGCACUUCAACGUCCACGCGGGCGGCCUGUCGCGAAAAACCGAGGCCGAGCUCGCGCCCCUGGUCGGUCCGAAGGCGACCGACGACGUCCUGCGGCACGCGUACUCGCACAUCCCCCAGCGCACCGGCCUGAAGCGCCGCUGGAUGCCUUUGGGGGCGCCACAGUCGGCCAGGGACAUUGCCCACGGCCUGGUGACGCUCCAGCCGGACAAACACAAAAGCAACGGGAAGAAAACCGCCACGGCGGUGUGCUCGGAGGACGACGAGAUCGCCGACAAGAAGGUUCGGAGGAAGCGCAAUGCCGACGGAGUUGCGUCACCUAAAAAGAAGCGCAUAAAGAAAGAAAGAGGCGCCAAGUCGGCKGAAAAGGCGGCGAACAAAUCCGCCAAGAAGGCCAAGAAGCAGCGCAAGUAGAUAGCUCUGAAGUAAGAACGAAGUGUUGGGCCGACCAUCGAAAAGAGAAUACUGAGAAUGAACACGGGUCAUCGCAAACACGAGUUGCGUAAAGAAACGAAUCAAUAUUCCUUGUUUUGCGUACAACGCUAUACUAAAACGGAUCAUUAACG